UCCGAUGUACCGGACUUGCAAUGGAUAUUAGACUAGCUCCAGAAGUAUUACAUGCGGUACCGGUACACUGUACCGCUACAUCGUAGUUGGCUAGCGACGAUACCGGUGCCGGUAGGUACCUACUGGUACAAGCUACGGUUAGGAUGCAUUCCCGCAGGAACGACAAUUUGUGUGGCGGGAGAAGACAGUCGACGUGCUCUUGUCCGUUGGAUUCGGGAUGAGAGAUUUGGUAUUUAGAACUCCCGGUUGGCAUCAGCAGACUUAGUGAGACUCCAAAACCACAGCCACAUGUUCUCUCAUCGAAUGAAGAUGGCAUACUGUGCUAUUACCCCCGGUAUGCCUGUGCUGGUGCUGUGCUGUGCUCAAAGAUCGUUGACACAAAAUGGAACUUCGCUUGAUGACUAGUCCACUACCUACCGAUUUCAGCCGCGAUGAGCUGGAUGCUAUUGAAAUCGUGACAUUGGUUGGGGAGGAACACAAGGCGGGGGAGCAAUUGCAGGUUCGGGUGACUCAGUCUCAUUCAUCGACAAUGCCUGCAAAGAAAACGAGAAUGAAGCUGUGCACGUGUGUUGAAUCAAUCCCUUCGUUGGAAGCCUUAUCUUUGUCAUCAUUCUCUCAGGAACUCAGUUGUGAUGAAAGCUUGUCCGAGGCUCCGAAGAAAGCCGAUGAUACCAUACCUCCCAGCGAUGCCGGCUGCGUCACCGAUAGAUUUGUUCGCUUGCUUUGCCCCUUUCAGGUGGACGAAAGCGUUCAGAACAGCCGCCAUCCUUUUGGUGCAUCCAAUAUGAUUAAAGCCUCUCGAGCAUGCAUUCCUAGGAAGUGGGAGGGAUCCCCAGAGCGAGUGACCAGGAAAAGAAACAUCAGAAAUCGAAAGUCUGCGACGCACGCUGCGACCUUAGUCAAGCAAUGGCAUUCCCCGGUUGAACCCAUCCCAUUCAAGGCGUCGAGGACAACUGUUUCCCACCGAAAAGUGGCUCCUCCUCCAAGUGAAUCUUCUGUCUUUUAUGACAGCGAACCUGAAGUUGCCUCCACUCCCAGGUACAAAAAGCACCGCCCAAAGCCAUUGGUAUUAGACGACGCCUCCGACUGUCCAAGAGAACCUGUGCCAGUACAGAGACACUCUUCCCAAAACCUCCAUUUCUUUAACUCCCCCAGGUCUGUCAUAGACAUGCCUGAUCUUUUGAACGAUGACGAUGAUGAAACAAGGGAUUACAUCAAGGCUGGAAUGGAUCAUAUUUACAAGCUGGUCUGGCACCAAGCUCCAUCCCUCGCAAAAUCCAGUGGGGCUUCUCAGAUGAGUCAGCCAGCACCUUUGGCAGUGACUGGUUGGUAUGAGUAUGGUUCUACACUGAGCUCCUCGGUCGUAUUCCCAAAGUUUGUGUUUCGACCCACAGUUGGGGAAAUUCAAAGGGAACCCAAUUCAAUCCAGCUACUCACUAUUACCAGCGUGCUCAAGCCAAACACUAUUGACAGAGCAACCUAUCCGUUUGCAAGGCUUGAUCGAAGCUGCUGCAUAGUGACACAUGAGGGCACCCGCUUUGUCUUUGAAGCUGCCUGUUCUCAGAGCCGUGAUCUCUUUGUGGACAGGAUGAAGGUGAUUGUGGCACGUCUAGCUUCCAGUGUCAUUGUUCAUGAUGAGUCAAUGUUGCAAGAGUUCUUUUUGCCCUCUGGAGCCGAGUCAUUUGCUGAUUUCAAUGAAGUUGAUGGAGCCACUGAAGAAUGCACACCCUGUUCCAGUGACAAGCUGCUGUUGUAUUCGCAUUGACUCCAUUGCAUUGUCCAUCAGGGAAUUUGUGUUCUGUUCGUUGGAUGGUGUAGUUUGGGGUCAAUUAUUGCUGCUGCUGCACAGCAGGAACCAGCUCCUUGUUUGCCAGUCCUGUGUCAUGUCAAAUAAUGGGUGAUGUGAUCGCUUUGCCCAGGAAGCAGUGGGAGCACAAAUCAGAUUGAAUAUGGUGUGCUUAUCAAUCUCCCCCACCCCUUUGUUGUCAAGCUGCAUGUGAUGUUGAAGUGACCCGCAACAUCAAAUGGUAUAGAGAAUGGUCAAAAGCCAGUUCAUCCUAGCUCUAGGGGCAAAUCCAAACCCUUUGAUUUUAUUCUAGCAAAUUUGCUUCUGUUGACCUUUUCCGAUUGCAGUUCAAGCUCACAGAUGACCGAGUAGUGGUUCUUUAGAAAGC